AUGGUCCCAGAUUUGGAGGAGAUGACAGAGAAUAGGGGUGAGCAUGUCCUAGAGAGAACCCCCCAACAUUGCAAUGACUCAUCCUUUGCCAACAAGGAGAACAGCACCCAAGCCCCGUCUCCUCAGAACUUCACCUUCUCCUCCUCCUACCAGCACUCUUGGCCUGUGGCUGCCAUGUUCAUCAUGGCGUACGUCUUCAUCUUCCUCCUGUGCCUGGUGGGAAAUAGCCUUGUCUGCUUUGUUGUGAAGAACCAGCAGAUGAGGACAGUCACCAACAUAUUCAUCCUGAACCUGGCUGUCAGCAACCUGCUGGUGGGCAUCUUCUGCAUGCCCACCACCCUUGUGGACAACUUGAUCACUGGUUGGCCAUUUGAUAACAUCACGUGCAAGAUAAGUGCUCUGGUCCAAGGCAUGUCCGUCUCCACUUCAGUCUUCACCUUGGUGGCCAUCGCUAUGGAGAGAUUCCGCUGCAUCGUCCAUCCCUUCCACCAGAAGCUGAGCCCCAGGAAGGUGCUGGUCGCCAUCGCCAUCAUCUGGGUCCUCGCCCUGGUCAUCAUGUGCCUCACCCAGGAGGCUCGCCACUCUAUGGUGGACGCCCGGAACCGCUCCUAUCCGUACGUCUCCUCCUGCUGGGAAGCGUGGCCGGAGGAGGGCACGCGGAAGGUUUACACCACGUUCCUCUUCUGCCACAUCUCCGCGGCCCCUCUGCCCUCCUCACGUCACCUCCGCUGCAUCUCCUGCAAGCUCUCCAAGUCCUCGUCCCGGGCGGGGCGCCCCCCGGCGGCGGCGGAAGGCCAGGGGGUGCGCAUGCUCGUCGUGGUGGCCCUCUUCUUCGCGCUGUCCUGGCUCCCUCUGUGGUCGCUCCUGCUCCUCACCCACUACGGCCACCUCCGCGAGCCGCAGCUGCCCCUGCUCACCGCCUACGUCUUCCCCUUGGCGCACUGGCUGGCCUUCUUCCACAGCAGCGCCAACCCCGUCAUCUACGGCUACUUCAACAGGCAUUUCCGCAGGGGCUUCCAGGCCGCCUUUCGGAGCCAGCUUCGCUCCCGCACGUGCGGAGGCCACCGAGAAACGUACUCGGAGAGGCCCGGAGGACUCUCUGGGGGCGGCCCGCGCAACCGAAUCUUUGUGGAGGUGCAGCCCAGUGACUCACCGGGCCCCCCCAAGCCGGGGCAGAGGAGGGGACGCUGCCCCCUGCGGAACGGCUGGGUGGCCCCUCGCCGCCCGGCGCAGGACGAUCUGGAUGGGGGAGGCUCCUCCCGUGUACCCCUCGGCACCCCAGCUUGGAAUAUGGGAGGUGGGCGACAGCAGCUGGCAGCACUCCUGAAACCCUACUCUAGGCAGGAAGCCCCAGGACCAAACAGCUCCUGCCCUCCAGGCGCUUCCACUCUGGCCAUUUUUUAA